UAGACGUUUCCGGGUUCACGUUGAUCACGUGAGAGUUCAUAGGUCAUGCCGGGGUCGUGUUGUGUUUCUGCAUUUUUUUUUUUUUAAGCUCCGCUCGUUUAGCUAGGUGGGACUAGUGAUGUGAUGGCUUUUCUGAGUUUGUUGGUUAGAGGGCAGCUGCCGCGGGCCGUGAGCCACUUCGCCCGUGCGGUGAGGCUCGGCCGGCCUCUGUUCGCCGGGGUCCGGCUGAGGAGGCUCCACGGGUCGGGCCGGCAGCGGGUCGGGGAGAAGGGGCCGUGGGGGAAGAGCCGCGGGCCGGAGCCGCCGCAGCACUACCAGCUGACCGACCUGGACAAGGCAGACGCUUUGAUGCUGAGAAAAUCUCAUGAGACAGGAUUCCUGUCAUGGUUCAGGAACGGCUUGUUGGCAACUGGGAUCGGAGUCAUCGCAUUUGUCCAGAGCGAAGUUGGACGAGAGGCCGGAUAUGCCUUCUUCAUCCUGGGAGGUGUGUGCGUGUCGUUUGGCGGCGCCUCGUACGUGGGCAGCCUCUUCGCCCUGCGGAGGCUGAUGCUGCUGUCCGUGCCAGCCCUGCUGCUCCAGGGAGCCGUGGUGGGCAGCGUCGCCCUCUUCUGGCUCUGCGCCGUAUCGCUCUACAUCGGCCGGCUGGAGGUGGAGAUCAUCCACGAGGACGAGGAGGGAGACGAGGAGGGCGAGUGCCGGGAGUGCCGGGAGAGGCGCGAACACCGGGGCUACCGCGGCGCACACGACAGCGAGGACAGCGACGGCAAAGGGCAAAACAAGUAGAGAGAUUCUAGGAAGGGAGAGCAGAAAUCCGUGUGUGUGUGUGUGUG